CAUCCAUCCGAGUGGACUGUUGACCAGGUCGUGGAGUGGCUCCGGUGGAAAGGCUUCGACGAGGGUGUAUGCGAGAAGUUUACCGAGCAAGAGAUCACCGGAGACGUGCUAUUAGAGCUCGACGCGAACGUGCUCAAGACCGAGAUUGGCAUCGUCGCCUUCGGAAAGCGCGCACGGAUCGUGAACGCGAUUGCCGAGUUGCGCCGU